UCCCUUAAGUUUUCAUAUAUAGAUCAUAGAAAUGUUGCAUCCAUGAGUGAUAAGCCUAGAUGCAGUUUUCAUUUCAUAAUGCAUUGAAUAUUAAUGCAUCUUCAGAUCGAAUUAUAUAUUAUGAUAUUUAUACGUAUCUUGAAGGAUCGUUCUAAAUGGGUGAAGAAGGUUUGAAGGAUGUGAUACUCAAAAGACGGAAACACAAAGGUAAACACUCCAAACAUUCGUCAAAACAUGAAAAUGAACCCCCACCAGCAAUCCCAGGAAUCCAGCUUAAUUUGACCCAAGUCGCGACACUUUUGUGUACUUACCUAGGGGUAGGCACAAUCAUUUUUUAUCUUGUUCGGGAUCAAAUGAAUGGUAAGAAAACAAAUGGACUCCUAGACUCCAUAUACUUCUGUGUCGUAACAAUGACAACCGUAGGGUAUGGGGAUAUAGUCCCAGAGACCAAUUUUGCAAAGUUGCUGGCUUGUGUCUUUGUUUUUAUCGGUAUGGGUCUUGGUGGCUUUGUUCUUAGUAAAGCUGCAGAUUAUAUAGUGGAGAGGGAGGUAAGUAUGUUUGUAAAAGCCAUAAACGAUCGUGAAACAUAUGGUCCUGAUCAAAUCUUUGAUGACGCUGAGCACGAAACAACUAGACUCAAGUACAAGUUUCUUCUGCUCCUCACACUUAUUGUGGUCCUCGUAAUUAUUGGAACCGUCUUCUUGAUUGUAGUUGAAGACAUGAGUUUCAUCGAUGCUUAUUAUUGCGUGUGUGCUACCAUAACAACGUUGGGUUAUGGGGAUAAGAGCUUUUCAAGCAAGAGAGGACGAGUUUUCGCUAUUGUGUGGAUCUUAACAAGCACAAUCGCAUUAGCGCAACUAUUUGUGUACUUGGUUGAACUAUGGACUCAAAGUAAACAAAGGCAGCUUGUGGAUUGGGUUCUUCGUAGGAAAUUGACAAUUCAAGAUAUUGAGAAUGCUGAUCUUGACAAUGAUAAAAGUGUCAGCCCUGCAGAGUACGUUGUGUAUAAGCUGAAAGAGAUGGGCUUGGUAAGCGAUCAACUUAUCAUGAAUGUAAUGGAAGGAUUCAAGAAUCUGGAUGUUGAUCAAUCGGGAACAUUGACAAGAAACGAUUUAUCAGCCUCAUGCAGACAACCAAGAUAGAGCUCCCACAUGCUUUUAACGGUCCUGCUUCUUACGAGAAAAUACUAGUGCGGUUUUUCUACGUUUCUGCUGAUUGAUAUCCAAAUUAAAUUUCAUGUCUGCAAAUAUUUCAGCAGCUAACAAACAGAGGAAUUAUGGAUUUUUAAUGUUGUACAUUUUUGAAAGUUAAUUUAGAAUGAACAGAUUAAUUCAAGUCAUAUGUAUUGAAUGGACUCAACUAGAGGUACGGUUUUCUCAA